AAUACGAUAAUCAGUUGUAAAAAUUUAAUUUAAUAAUUACAACAAUGAGUGAGGAAUUAAAGUAUAAAUUAAUAAAUCAGUUAACAAAUGUGGAAGCAUUAGAAUUUAUCAAUUCAUUUGAUAGUUUUUUAUUUGAUAUGGAUGGUGUAAUUUUUUUAUGCAAUGAUAAAAUACACGGUGCAGAUACUGCAAUUAAUGGUUUACGAGCAAUUGGGAAAAAUAUUCAUUUUGUUACGAACAAUUCAGCAUACAAUGCCAUUGAUUUGGCUGAAAAGUUUUCCAGUAAUGGUAUUAAAUGUUACGAAACAGAAUUUAUAAAUACAACGAAAGUUAUUGGAGCAUACUUAAAACGAAUUAAUUUCAAUAAAAAACUAUUUGUACUUGGUUCCCAAAAAUCUAUUGAAUAUUUUGAAUCAUUGGGCUAUGAAGUUUAUUUGUCAAAAGAGAAUGAAGUAAUAAAAUCAUGGGCUGAUUUAAAUAAACUUUUGCCUGAAUUACACAAUACAGAUGUAGGAGCAGUUAUUGUAGACUUAGAUGUAAAUAUAAAUUAUGCAAAAUUAUGUCGAGCUCAAUUAUUAUUAUCAAAUUCCAAUGUAUUAUUUUUAUUUGGAUCUGCAGAUCCGAAAAUUCCAGUUGCAAAGAAUGUAUCAUUUAUGGGAUUCGAUAAUUUUUUGGAAAUGUUAAAAAAAUCAACUGGUCGUGAACCAGUGAAAUUUGCAAAACCUUCUGGUGAAAUGUCCUCAUAUGUUAUUAAUGCUGUGAAAGAAUUUAGUCCAGAUCGUAUACUUUUUAUUGGCGAUUCGUUGCAUACUGAUAUGUUAACGGCUGCGAAAUGUGGAUUUAAAAAGUUAUUGGUAUUGUCUGGAGCAACGAAAAUAGAAGAACUUGAAAGAUUAAAAAAUUUAGAGUGUUAUCCAGAUUAUGUGGCGAACAGUUUAAAUGAUGUAACUGAUUUACUGCAUAGAAUAAGUAGUUAA